AUGUCUUCGGCCCGGGUGGAUUACAUUGCGCCCUGGUGGACCUACUGGCUUCAUAAUUUCCCUCACAUCAACCUGAGGUUCGAGCCCGCGGACCACAGCUUCCUGCCUGAGGAUGGGAACUACCAGCAGUCCCUCAUGUUCCUGGGCUGCGUGGCGGCCGCCGGCCUCGGCCUCAACCUGCUGUGUCUGGCCGUCUACCUGAGCUGCCUGUGCUGCUGCCGCAAGGACGAGGACGACGAGAGCAAGAAGCCCGGCUCCUGCUGCGUCACCUGGUCGGCCGUGGCGGCCGGACUCCUCACCUGUGUUGCGGUUGGGGUGGGUUUCUAUGGCAACAGUGAGACCAACGAUGGCGUGUACCAGUUGACCUACUCCUUGUACAACGCCAAUCACACUCUGGGCGGCGUGGACAGUCUGGUGACCGGCACCAUGGGCAACAUGAAGAGCGCGCUGCACCAGCACCUGGCGCGGCUGGACGAGAUCUUCGCCACGCGCGGCGACUACGUGCAGACGCUGCAGUUCAUGCAGCAGAUGGCCGACAACGUGAUCAAACAGCUGCUGGGCCUGCCCGACUGGGAGGAGGCCAAAGUGGACCUGGCAACCGUGGCGGAUCAGACGGCGAACAUCGAGUACUACAGGUGGCUGACCUACCUGCUGCUCCUCAUCCUGGACCUGAUCAUCUGCCUGCUGGCCUGUCUGGGACUGGCCAAGCAGUCCCGCUGGCUCCUCACCACGAUGAUGGUGUUCGGCGUGCUGACCUUGGUGCUGAGCUGGACGUCUCUGGGCGCCGACCUCGCCACGGCCGUGGGAACGAGCGACUUCUGCGUGUCCCCCGACAAGUACAUCAUGAGCCAAACCAAGGGGAUCAUCGGCGCCGAUAUUGUUCAUUAUUACCUUUACUGCAACCAGACCCUCUCCAACCCCUUCCAGCAGCCUCUCACCAUCUUCCAGCGGUCCCUCACCACCAUGCAGAUCCAGAUCCAGGGUCUGCUGCAGUUCGCCGUGCCUCUGUUCCCCACCGCCGAGAGAGACCUGCUGGGGAUCCAGCAUCUGCUCAACUCCUCGGAGGCCGGCCUGCACCAGCUGACCGCCCUGCUGGACUGCCGGGGGCUCAACAAGGACUACCUGGACGCCAUGGUGGGGGUGUGUUACGACGGCGUGGAGGGCGUGCUGUACCUCUGCCUCUUCUCCAUCCUGGCGGCCUGUGCCUUCACCGUCAUGCUGUGCGCCAUCCCCAGGGCGUGGCGGCAAAUCGCCAGCAGAGAGCGGGACUACGACGACAUGGACGAGGAGGACCCGUUCAACCCGCGGGCGAGGCGGAUGGGCUCCCAGAGCGCCGGCCGUCCCAACAUGCACAGCUUCUGCAGCUACAGCAGCAGCAUGGGCAGCCAGAGCAGCCUGCAGCCGCCGGCGCCCGCCGUCUCCAACGCGCCCGUGUCCGAGUACAUGAACCACACGGCUCUGUUCGGGGGGAACCCGAGGUACGAGAACGUUCCCCUGAUCGGCCGAGGCUCGCCGCCCCCCUCGGUAUACACUCAGCAGUAUAGAAAUCGAUACUCCCCCACCAUGAGAGCCACCUACCUGUCCAUGACCGAGCAGCAGAGCAGACACUUUGGAAACGACUUCCAGGCAUAGACUGUGAGUGGACGAGCGCCGGAGCGGAGCGGAGUGGAGCGGAGCGGCGCCGCUCGCCGUGGACGGGCGGGGAGCGCCGGGCGUCUCUCUGGGACGGCACUCCCGGGGUCCGACUCCUGCUCGCAGAUUUAACCAGCCGUUUGUUUCUUUUACAUGAAUAUGGAGAGUUUUAGAGGAUUCCUGAUAAAUGUUUUGGAAAAAGAAGAAAAUUACUGACUGAGCUGUUUCUGUCUAAACACCUUUAAAGCUUUGAAAUAAAAGUGUGUUUGACUCACAUUCAGGUCUCCCAAAGAUGUGAAACGGAUGUAAACAUCUUAUUUUUUGUUUGUUUUUUUCGAUUUCUAUUGCGCUUUGUGAAGCACAAACUCAACACUGGCAGUACACACACACACACACACACACACACACACGCAGAAACUAAAGUGGAAGCAGCCCUCCACAUGUGUAAAUAAGUUGUACGAUAACAGACUUUUACUUUGUCUUACUUUUGAUUUUUUUUUAAUGUGUGCCAUUUUUAUAUAUGUUUUCUAGUUUUGUGUCACAUAGAAUCACUAUUUUUUGUAUUUUCUCAAGAGCCUGGACUUCAUCUCCCCAGAAUAAUGUAACUCAUAAGUACAGAGAGCAGAUUAUUGAGAAUAUUCAGGUAAAUAAUGUCAGAACGGUUUUGGUUUAUAUCGACUAACAAUCCUUUCCUGUAGGGAUUUAUUACAUGCAGUGCCAUUUCAUUCUUUGGGUUGUUUUUUUCUGCAUGUUACACUGUACAGGCACUGAAAGUGGUUUGAAAUACGUGUGUGGCCCCAGACCAAUAAACCAGC